CUCUUUGUAUAUUUCCCUGAAAGCGGUGUUUGUUUUUGCCUGUUUCAGUAGAAUUUUAUCAUUGGCAAAGUAGUUGAGAAAACUUAUUGUAUCUGGAAUUAAAGUGGGUUUUGCAGCAUCCGAAAAAUUAUAAAUUUAUUUUGCUAAUACUUUAAACCGAGAAUGGGUUGGGGAUUUGUAACGUGUGGUCCUAAUGAAGCACUUGUAGUUUCGGGAUGCUGCUACAUGAAGCCGCUGCUGGUGCCUGGUGGACGCGCAUUUGUAUGGCCCACCAUUCAACGCGUGCAGAGAAUAUCUCUCAACACCAUGACCCUACAAGUGGAGAGUCCAUGUGUUUACACCAGUCAGGGUGUACCGAUUUCUGUAACUGGUAUUGCACAGGUGAAAAUUCAGGGUCAAAAUGAAGAUAUGCUAUUAACUGCUUGCGAACAAUUCCUUGGCAAAGGUGAAGCUGAAAUACAGCAUAUUGCUUUGGUAACAUUGGAAGGCCAUCAACGUGCAAUUAUGGGUUCGAUGACGGUUGAGGAAAUCUAUAAGGAUCGUAAGAAGUUCAGUAAACAAGUAUUUGAAGUAGCUUCAUCGGAUUUGGCUAAUAUGGGCAUUACCGUUGUUUCGUACACCAUUAAAGAUAUACGUGAUGAAGAAGGUGAUUCAAAGGGUUAUCUAAAAUCGCUGGGUAUGGCACGCACGGCCGAGGUAAAGCGUGAUGCGCGCAUCGGUGAAGCAGAGGCACGUUGUGAUGCACAAAUCAAGGAAGCCAUUGCCGAGGAGCAACGUAUGGCAUCACGUUUUCUCAACGACACCGAAAUAGCUAAGGCGCAACGUGAUUUCGAAUUGAAGAAGGCCGCCUACGAUGUUGAGGUGCAAACAAAGAAAGCCGAAGCGGAAAUGGCUUACGAGCUGCAGGCGGCUAAGACCAAACAACGCAUCAAGGAAGAGCAAAUGCAGGUGAAAGUUAUUGAACGUACACAGGAAAUUGCUGUGCAGGAGCAGGAGAUACAGCGCCGUGAACGCGAGUUGGAGGCCACUGUACGCCGACCAGCUGAAGCAGAGAAAUUUAGAUUGGAAAAAAUAGCUGAAGCCAAUAAGAUGCGUGUGGUAAUGGAGGCAGAGGCCGAAGCUGAAUCGAUCAAAAUCCGUGGUGAGGCUGAGGCUUUCGCCAUCGAAGCUAAAGCCAAAGCCGAAGCAGUGCAAAUGGCACAGAAGGCCGAGGCUUGGCGUGAAUAUCGUGAGGCAGCCAUGGUUGAAAUGUUGUUGGACACACUACCAAAGGUGGCCGCUGAAGUCGCUGCACCAUUAUCGCAAGCCAAGAAGAUUACAAUGGUUUCGAGCGGGUCAGGUGAAAUUGGUGCGGCUAAAUUGACUGGUGAAGUCUUGCAGAUCGUUAACAAAGUGCCGGAAUUGGUGAAGAAUAUAACUGGGGUCGAUAUUGCCCGGUCUAUGCAUGCUGGCUAAAUUACAAAACACUUUACGCUACAAAUGUAAACAAAAAAUGCAAGAAGAAAGAACAGAAUAGACGAAAAGAAAAACGAAAAUAAAGAUCAACCGUGUCAAAGUCCUUAAACCAAAGAUUCUCAAAAAUUUUAUAUUAAUUAAAUACAAUUGUUUAAAAAUGAUGCCAUAUGUAUAAACACUUAUUUAUUUAUUACUUGAAAAAUUUAUAACUGAAAUAUACGAUUAACAACGACAAACUUUCAUAAAAAAAAACGAAAGACCUUUCGGCAAAUGACAAAUUUGAAAAUAAAAUCUAAACAAAAGGCGUAAAACCAAAGAAAUUUUUCCAAAAAAAAAUCACUACAAUCCUGUGGAAUUAAGGAAUUUGGCAUUUUGUCUCAUUAAAUUUAAGCACAAAUUCUUGAAAUUUACAAAAAAAAAAAAAUUAUAAUAAAAAAAAAAAUAAAAAAAAAAAUAUAAAAAUAUGUUUAUAUUGCCUAAAAAAGCAUGCAAAUAAACAGAAGCGUAUGUACGUGUAUAUAUGUACGACGCAUUAUUUGCAAACACUGUACUGCUGCGUGAAUUGCAUAAAUUUACAAACACACAUACAUACAUACAUACCUGCAUACAUAUGUAUAUCUUGCAUAACUUUAUAACAUUUACAAUUUUCAAUAUAAAUAAUUGCUAUAAGAAGCCAUUGUAUUUUGUAUUUUCUAUAUAAUAUAACCAACAACUACACAAACAAAUAAACAAUUUAAAUGAUAAUUAUCAAGCGAAUGUUUUUCCAUGCAAACGAUGGUGCGCAGUCAGUAUAGCUUAUGAUUAGUCAGAGAAUUUCAUAUUAAUUUUAUAUGAUUUCAAAUAAAUUAUUGAAUUGAAAUGAAUCUCUAGCAAGUGUUUAGUGCGUAAAAUGUAGUUAAAAUGCAAAUGAAAAAAAUGCGAUUCGAGAUAAAGUUCAUACAUGUGUACGUACUUUGUACUCAAAAGCUGCAAGGCCGGAGAAACAAAGAAACGUAGUAGCUUUGAAUGAAUGAAGCUAAAAGAGCCCAGUGCAUUAUUUUUCAGCAUAAUUAAGUAUUCGAAAAAAAAAAA